GAAGCAACACACCGUGUUUUUACUUAUAUCCUGUGUAAACCCGGGGUGUUGUGUUUAAUAAUAGUCAACGGCGAGCACGGUGUUUUUACAAGAAUCGGGAAUAAUACGACGACCCCAACGGGAUAACAGUGUUUGUUUUUCUUGGGAGCGAGAAUCCCCACCCGUAAGAGGGAAAAAAAUGCACACCUUCCUCACCGAGCACCAGAGCGUCUACAACAGGUACAACACCGGCUACAGUGGGUCUACAGUCGCCUCGAAUCCUUACUAUGACCAGUAUCGUUAUGGGUAUGCUGCGGCAGCAUGGCAUCACCAGCAGCACCCCCUGGCUACCGCCAAGGAUAUGGUUAAACCCCCGUAUUCUUACAUAGCCCUGAUCGCUAUGGCUAUCCAGAACGCCCAAGAGAAGAAAAUCACCUUGAACGGCAUUUAUCAGUUUAUUAUGGAACGAUUUCCUUAUUACAGGGAGAACAAGCAGGGCUGGCAGAACUCUAUCAGGCACAACUUGAGUUUGAACGAGUGUUUCGUUAAAGUGCCGAGGGACGAUAAGAAGCCGGGCAAGGGCAGCUAUUGGACCCUGGAUCCGGAUUCUUACAAUAUGUUCGAUAACGGUUCGUAUUUGCGUCGCAGACGUCGCUUCAAGAAGAAGGACGCCCUAAGGGAGAAAGAGGAGGCGGUCAAGAGGCAACAGCUGCAACCCUCCUCCGACUCCCCGACUUGCCUCACCAAACGGGAGGAGCUCAAGGAGGAAACGAAAAUGAAGUUGGGCGAGUGUAAACCGAAACGCGAACCGAACACGGAGCUGAGCCAGUGCAUGAGUGCCAAAUACGGUGAUCCUAAGAGUGUCAUAGUGCAUCAGGAGCAUGUUUUAAGUGACGUGACCGCUUCUUUGCAGGCGAUGGACUCUGCAGCUGCCUUUACCGUAGACUCUUUGAUGACCAGCCGGGAGCAAGCGUUGUCUUACACAAAUUCGACCAGACUUCACUCUUCCGGCGGUAUGUACUCUUAUUGUCCUAGUGCGACUCCGCAGCACCAGUACAACUUGGGUGACGAGGCUACAGCCCCUAGGUACAGCCCGUGGUACAGUCCGGAAACAUCUCCGGAGUCUGCGGCAGCCCCUGGCGGUUAUCGCGAUAUUAUAUUUGAUGGUACCACGGCGCCCAGUUGCCAAUUGGCCAGUUUUCGGCACUCCAGUCCUCCGCAUAAUUACAGAAGUGCCACCUCGACUCCGUACUAUCAGAGUGAUUGUGUCGCGCAAAAGUACUGAGGGUACGCCAACUUUUUCGAUCACCCUGUUAAUAUUAAGACUGAUCCUUAUUGAGUGGAGUUCAAUUCGUAUACGGGGGAUGUUUGAAGCUUUAAUUUAUUUUGAAGAAAAGUUUGCAUGCAUUUUAACGGCAAUUUCGUUUAGGUAAUAAUAAUAAUAAUUAAUUGUACAUAGUGUAUUAGUUAAUUUUGUGAUUAUGUCGGGCCCCCAUGUGGCGACGAUACUUUUUCAUUUAAAUGUGAUAAUAAAUUUAACGAGUAUAUAAUAUAGUUAGGCAUAAUAUACAUAUAAUACUUGCAAGUAGUCAACAGAAUUGUUAAUAUUCACUAUAUAGCAAUAGUUUUAAUUUUUCAUUCCUCCAUACUCUUCUUGCAUUUAUUGUAAAAUUUUCUGGUUUUGUAUAGUUUGUAAUGUGUGUCAAGGCACGUAAACUUGUACAUUAUUUAUUAAUAUCAUAUAUUAUGAAGAAUA